GGAAAAGUUAAAGGUAAUACUAUCACAUUGGAGGCAUUACGUGUUCUAUAAAUACGUAAUCUACCUUAAACGGUUAUUAAAUUACCUAAAUCUGUAGGCAACGGUGCAGCAAACUACACAGCCUAGCAAUUGAAUAUGGCAGAUAGCCUGAGGAGUUAUUUGUAUAAACAACUGCCAAGUGUUGAAGGCCUCCACGCAAUAGUGGUAACCGAUAGAGAUGGAGUCCCUGUAAUCAAAGUUGCCAAUGACAGUGCCCCUGAACAUGCACAGCGGCCGGCUUUCCUAUCUACCUUUGCCUUGGCUACAGACCAGGGCAGCAAACUGGGCUUAUCCAAAAAUAAGAGUAUCAUUUGCUACUAUAACACAUACCAGAUUGUGCAGUUUAACAGAUUACCCUUAGUGAUCAGUUUCAUUGCAAGUAGUAAUGCCAACACAGGUUUGAUCUUUAGUCUUGAGAAGGAGCUAGUCCCGUUGAUUGAAGAACUAAGGCAGGUGGUUGAAGUUGCUUAGCUAGUCAACUCAGACAUGGGAAAUUAUACAUUUGAACAAGGACAAAAGAGACACACACCCAUGCAUCUUUGAUGUCUCCUUUUUCCUUGGUUGAACUAGCUCACACACGCAUGCAUAUGUAGAUGCAUAAUUUUGGCUGACUGUUGUUCUGUCUUGAUGCUGUAUGUCUCUUACGAAUGUAACCCGUGCCUGUUGUCUCCUUGUAAUUAAUAACUUUGUGUAAAUCUUUGAUUAACAAAAAAAUAUUGUAUUUAUUGUACAUUUUUACAAAAGGGAAACUGUGUUGGGAAAACUGGUACAAUGUACACACACUGAAUAUCAAAAUCAUAUUGUCAGUCAUCGUAUCAGAAAUUGCUUUUGGUAAGUUGAGAAUUCAUACUUGUAUAACUUUUAUUUUAGUGAUAUGUUCUGGGGGGAAAACAAUAAAGAAUAUUGAAUCUGAAACUCUUACAGCAAACAAACUUCGUUAUAUUUUAUAGGCUCACUUUAUUAUAGUAGCAGAAAUACAUUAGAAGAAGUUUACAUUCACUUAGGUUGAAGUCAUUUUUUUUUUUUUUUAAGUUUUAAACCACACCACAGAUUUAAUAUUAGAAAACCAUAAUUUUGGCAACAAUGGUUUACAGACACUUUUAAUUUACUAUAUCACAAUUUCAGUAGGUCAGAUGUUUUCAUAUACCAAGUUAACUGUGCCUUUAAUCAGCUUGGAAAAUUUCAGAAAAUGAUGUCAAGCCUUUAGAUAAACACAUUUAGCUUUUGAUAGGAGGUGUACUGAAAUGGAGGUGCACCUGUGGAUGUAUUUUAAGGCCUACCUUCAAACCCAGUGCCCCUUUGCUUGGCAUCAUGGGAAAAUCAAAAGAAAUCAGCCAAGACCUCAGGUGGACCUCCACAAGUCUGGAUCACCCUUGGGAGCCAUUUCCAAACGCCUGAAGGUACCACGUUCAUCUGUACAAACAAUUGUACACAAGUAUAAACACCAUGGGACCAUACAGCCAUCAUACUGCUCAGGAAGGACACUCAUUCUGUCUCCUAGAGAUGAAUGUAGUUUGGUGCAAAAGUGCAAAUCAAUUCCAGAAAAGGACGUUGUGAAGAUAAGCGGAAACUGGUAGACAGGUAUCUGUAUCCACAGUAAAAUGAGACAUAUCGUUAUAACCUGAAAGGCUGCUCAGCAAGGAAGAAGCCACUGCUCCAAAACCGCCAUAAAAAAGCCUGACUACAGUUUGCAAGAGCAAAUGGGGACAAAGAUCUUCCUUUUUGGAGAAAUGUCCUCUGGUCUGAUGAAACUAAAUUUGAACUGUUUUGCAAUAAUGGCCAUUGUUAUGUUUGGAGGAAAAAGGGUGAGGCUUGCAAGCUGAAGAACACCUUCCCAACCGUGAAGCAUGGGGGUGGCAGCAUCGUGUUGUGGGGGUGUUUUGCUUCAGGAGGGACUGGUGCAAUUCACAAAAUAGAUGGCAUCAUGAGGAAGGAAAAUUAUGUGGAUAAAUUGAAGCAACAUCUCAAGACAUCCAUCAGGAAGUUAAACCUCGGUCUCAAAUGGGCCUUCCAAAUUAACAAUGACCCCAAGCAUACCUCCAAAGUUGUGGCAAAAUGGCUCAAGGAUAAUAUCAGGGAUAUUUUUGUUAAUUUCUGACACUAUUGGCAUUGUAUCUUUCUAAGGUAUUUAAGAGUGUUUUUAGACAUAUAGUAGCAAGUAUACACGAUAUCCCCACAUAUAUGUCAAACUACAUUGUGUUAAUGUUUAACACAGUUAAAACAUUGCCUACCUUUAAAACAAGUGAAGUUUGAUCAGUGUUAAAUGUGUUCAGACGGUUCCCUCGUACCUGAAUGAACGGCUCCUUUCUAAAAUAAAAUGAA